CUUCCUGCUCUUGCCUUCAACAAAGAUGGUCGCAAUACUUCCUGUCUAGGACUUUUGCCCUCAACAAAGAUGGUGUUUGUGGUACAGGUUCCCUAUCAGUUUGGAUUCCGGUUGUAGUUUUAUUUAUUUAUUUUUUUUAACGAUACGUGGUCGCGGACGGAGCAAUGGAUGCCAGAGACAAGCAAGUUCUCCGCUCACUGCGUCUGGAGCUGGGUGCUGAGGUACUGGUAGAAGGACUGGUUCUUCAGUACCUUUACCAGGAAGGAAUUUUGACGGAAAACCACAUUCAAGAAAUCAAAGCUCAAACCACAGGCCUCCGGAAGACAAUGCUUUUGCUGGACAUUCUGCCUUCCAGGGGCCCCAAAGCCUUUGACACCUUCCUAGAUUCCCUCCAGGAAUUUCCCUGGGUAAGAGAGAAGCUGGAGAAGGCAAGAGAGGAAGCCACUGCUGAGCUGCCUACAGGUGACUGGAUGUCUGGAAUCCCCUCCCACAUCCUCAACAGCUCCCCAUCAGACCGGCAGAUUAACCAGCUGGCCCAGAAGCUAGGCCCAGAGUGGGAGCCCAUGGUGCUGUCUCUGGGACUGUCGCAGACCGACAUCUACCGCUGCAAGGCCAACCAUCCCCACAACGUGCAGUCACAGGUGGUGGAGGCCUUUGUCCGCUGGCGCCAGCGUUAUGGGAAGCAGGCCACCUUCCUAAGCCUGCACAAGGGCCUCCAAGCAGUGGAGGCUGACCCUUCGCUGCUCCAGCACAUGCUGGAGUGACCAGACCCUUGCCACUUGCCGGUGCCCGGGUUCCCAAGUCACACAGGCUGAACUGGACUUUCCUCAGCAGGUGCCUUUGUUCUGGGUUAGGGUUUUUCUUUUCAAUGAUCCUCAGGUGGAAAGAGAACAUCUGGAUUCUACUCAAAAUCACGAAGUAGAUCCCCCACACUGGCUCAACAAUCUACUGGCUUUAAUUGCUCAAAGAUGGCAUUGUUGUAACUACCGUUUUGAACUUCAUGGUUUCCCGUUGAUGGAAGGCCAGAAAAAACACACACCAAAAAAAAAAAAAAAAAAAAAAAAUCAUGCUACAACAUCGCAUGCAGGCGUCCUGCACACAAGGCAGCCACGCUUACGUUGCCUGGAAACUGGACUGUGGACUUAGCUCUUCUUAAUGAUGAUGAUAAUAAAAAGUGAAUUGUGGUAUAGAA